UUGGGACAAGUAUAAGCUAAGAUAUAAGAUAGACUAGACAAUUAGACCCAAUUGAAUUGAUGUUCAAAUAGAUAUAUUGUUGGACACAUAGAAAAGAUGGGUAUAUUGACGAAUGUUGAUAAAGAGAAGAUCAAGAGAGUGAUUCCAAAGGCUAGCAAUAAGAUUAUCGAUGCUACCGUCGCUAGAUUAUAUAUUGCAUAUCCAGAGCCCACUUCGUGGCAAUACACUGGGUUAGUGGGUGCUAUAUGCUUAGUUGAUGAUUUGGUUGGGCAUACAUUUUUUCUCAAAUUAGUUGAUAUAAUUGGACACCGAGGAGUUAUUUGGGAUCAAGAGAUCUAUGUCGAUUUCGAUUAUAACCAAGAUCGUAAGUUUUUCCAUACUUUUGAAAUUGAAGAGUGUUUAGUGGGGUUAUUGUUCGAAGAAACCAAUGACGCUUCUCAUUUUUAUAAAAGAGUUACUACUAGACAGAAACAUGGUUCCAAACAUACUGUUAAUAAUAAAAAUGCCAUUGCUUUGAAAGAAAAGGCUGGUCCUCUGGGUCCAAAUGCUCCGGGCCCAAGAGGUGAAUAUGUCGAUGUUAAUACUGCCCAGAGAAGCAGAAGAAGUAAAGGUAUUUUGUAUUACGAUGACGUUCCUCCUCCCGAAUGGCGACCACUUUAUGCUGAAUUGGCUUCUGCUGGUAUUUCAGAAGACAUGAUUGCUGAUAAUCGAGAUUUUAUAAAAAAUUACAUUGCUCAACAAGGUGGUCCGCUAGUAGGUUUAGAACCACCCAUCCCUAGAAAAUUUCAACAUAAAACGGAACCUACAAGAGUUACAUCUACUUCAUCAAUCAAGUCUUCCAAAUCAAAAAAGGCACCACCUCCACCUCCACCUCCAGGCGGAAUUCCCAGCCAUGACUCUUCUUCACUGCCAGCUCCUCCAUCUGCAUCUCCAUCGCCUACUCCUCCUAUACGUACCACGUCCAUCGCCAGUUUAUCUGCUAAUAAUCCUCAUUCCAACCAACCUUCCAACCAACCACCGACUCAACCCUUUACUCAACCUUCCCGGCCUACCCCAGCUCCACCUCAGCAAACCGGUGGUUAUGGAGUUCCCCCUCAGCAAACUGGUGGUUAUGGAGUUCCCCCUCAGCAAACUGGUGGUUAUGGAGUCCCCCCUCAGCCUACUCAACCAAGUACCCAAAGACAAGUCCCACCACCACCACCAGCUCGCGCAGGUGUUCCACCACCACCACCAGCCAGAGGUAAUGUUCCACCACCACCACCACCACGAGCAACUCCUCAACUGACGGGCGGUGGUGCACCACCACCUCCGCCACCUCGAAGUGCUAGAACAAAUGCAGCACCACCUCCACCACCUCCAAGAGCCUCAAGAAAUGCUAUUCCUCCUCAACAUACCUCACUUGUCGCUCCACCUCUUCCUCAACAAGCCCAUCAACCACAAACACCUGUGGCCCCUCCAGCUAUCCCAUCCCGUAACAGUAUCCCACAGAGGAACCAACAGCCUCCACCGAGCGCUGUUCCUCCUCAACAGACUGCUCCUACAUCUGCACCACCACCACCUCCUCCAUUACCACCACAAGCUGCCCCUACGUCUGGAAGUACCGCACCACCACCACCUCCUCCAUUGCCACCUCAAUCUACCUCUACUCCUGGUGGUGGAGCACCACCACCACCACCACCCCCAAUGCCCGACCUUUCUAGUGACAGUGGAUCUCUGGCACCGCUCCCUAGCGUGGACCCUUCUAGAGAUGCCCUUUUGGCCUCUAUAAGAGGUGCCGGUGUCAGUUCUCUUAAAAAGACCGAUAAAUCACAAUUAGAAAGACCCAAUGUCUUACUACAAGAAGCAAAAGGUGAACCAGUAGCUCCAUCUAGUACCGGGGGUGCAGGAGGUCCUCCUGGCCAACCAGGCUCGCUUGCUGAUGCUUUAGCAUCAGCCUUGAAUAAAAGGAAGGGCAAGGUGGCUCGCAGUGAUGAUGAAGAUGACGAUGAAUGGUAA